GAGGGGGUCGACUCAUAACGCUAUCUGCCAAUUCAGGGGCUAGCGCCAUCUGCUCUAUUUGUAACAAUCGCUUCGCCGCGCCGCAGGACUUUUAUGAGCACUUGGAUGAUUGUGUGCUGAGCGUCAUCGUUCCGGCGGGAACCCGGGCGGCAUUGGACACGAGUAACGAUGCUAACGAUGACGAUAAAAAGACGACAGGAAGAGGUGGAGCUGCAAAAACCGAAGCAGCUGAAGUAGUAGCCGCACCGGCAGCGGCAGCGGCAGCAGGGACAGGAUCAGGAUCAGGAUCAGGCACAGGCACAGGAACGGUAACGGGCACAGGCACAGGAUCAGGGACGGCAAACAACGACAGCACUCCAGGAAUGAUAUAUAUACGGAGAUCGAAAAAGGCUGCCCGGAUGGAUUAGCUCUUUUUGUCUUGAUCUUCUUUUUUUUUCCCCCCCGGCUUCUCUUUCUUCUCUUCUCUCCGUGUCCUAUCUAUUAUUAUUUUUCUUUUGAUUAUUUGGUGUGAUAUACUUUCCUCAUCAUCGUCGUUUGAAUGUGUGUGUUUUUUUUUUUUUACCCCGUCUUUACUGUUUAGGAUACAUGAGCGAGAUGAUUUUUUUGCGAUUUUUCCUUCUUCUGGUUAUAGGUCUUUGUGUCACUAGCAAGCAGCAACAGCAACGAGAGCAGCGGCGUCUUCUUUACAUAUCCCCACAGCCCCUCAAAACCACCUUUACAAAGCUGUGCAGAGUUUUUGACAGGCCAUUGGGUAUAUUGCGAGUCAUGUGUACAAUAAACGACAUCAUAGCGUAGCGAUACUCAUCAUCACCAAACAUUUAAAAAGGAGCGAGCUGGUCAAAUGAAUUUGUUGUGUCUCUGCUUGGAUGUGAAAGGGACAGCCAGUGCCUUGAUGAUGAUGAUGAAUUGUGUAGUUUGUGACAGCGUAGUUCUUGGAAAACAGCAGGGAGGGGCUGCAGCUUGUAUUUCGUGCGAGGCUGCGUUGCGAAUAAGUAUCGAAUUUGGAGUCAAUUUGAAACAAACUGAAAUAACCAUAAUCAUUCAGUUGUCCAUUGUAAUACAAGCUCAGGGCUGCCGGAGUUAUAGGCGGGGGGUCCUUCGGGGACGGCAAAUAAGGUUGUUGCGCUAUUAUUAUUACUCAUCCAAAUCUUCAUACAACGGCGAACAGCAGCAAAGCUGUCAGCACUUUCCCCUUAUCCCAACGUCAUUUCCCUUUUUUCCUUUUGGCCACCAGCUUUUUUGAAAUGCACCGUUCAGUGUAGCUGUUAACCGUGCCAAGGAAAAAGAAGCGUUCUCAUAAUCAUAACUAUAGUAUAGCCGAAAAGGACCAAUGUCGGAAGCGGCAAAGUUGCAAGAGGUCGAUGUGGGAGCGGUGGAGAGUGCGGAGAGUCGGCGGAAGUUGCAGAAUCGACUGAACCAGCGGGCGAGUCGCAAGCGAAGAAGAGAGCAGCAACAGCAGCAGCAGAAAGAGAAGAAUCAGGUUAAUAAAUGGGUCUUUUAUAUUGACCCGAGGACGGAGAAGCAGCAAGCAGAUGAUAAGCGUCCACGUCAAGAUGAACGGCAGCAGCGGAAUGAUUCAGACGUUGCCGCCGCCAAUCGCAGCCUCGGUAACAAAACGAAGUACUACGACCUAGGCUUUCCAGACAUUUUCCUCUCCAAGGAACACCGCGAUAGGGCGUUUCGCUUCUUCUGCACCAUGACCCAGGAAGAUCGCACAGUCUUCUUCAACCGGCUUCAUGAUUUGGUUUCCGUAAAUGUCGCCAAGUACACCCUAGACAGCCAGCUGCUGUUGUCGGUGAUGCAGUUCAACGUCAUGCGAGCUACGAUGAUGAAUGCAAAGGCGAUUGGGCUAAUCUGGGAACAACUGACUGAGGAUGAUACCAUAUCACCUUUCAACAGUGACACUGUUUGCCCUAUGCUGUUUCUCGCGCCAUAUGAAGGUGUGACGACUUCAAAUGCGAGCAAUGCCGCUGCUGGCAAUGGCAAUGAGCUGAUGCGUCUGCCUCCCUGUUUACGGCCAACUGCGUUGCAGAGACAAGUCAUCCAUCACCCAUGGAUCGAUCUGUGCCCGCAGCCAUCACUCCGAGAUGCUCUACUAAGACGACUAAAUGACAUCGACGAAGAUGAAUUUUGCCACCAUCUGUUUCUGCAAAGUAGUGAUGCUGAUGAGGACGGCAUGAUAGGAAUGCGAAGGAAUGCCCAGACAUAGUCAAAACGACGAAUUACUGGAGAAGAGGAAGGG